AUGAAGGCACUUCUGCUCCUCGGAUUUGUUGCAGUCUCUCUAGCAGUACCUUCGUCAAGAAGAUUCGAUGGAGAAAAGCUUUACCGUCUGAAGCCAGAAAAUGAGGUUCACGUUGGAAUAAUUAAAGAUCUAGCCAAUAGGAUUGAGAUUGAUUUCUGGAAACCUGGCUCUGCAGAGUUAGUAACUCCCAAAUCUGAAGUCGAUAUCCAUGUCAGUGCUUCACACUCGUCUCUUGUGGCGACCCUUUUACAACAAAGUGGAAUGGAGCAUGAAGUGCUGAUUGCUGACCUGCAGGCAGCUGUGGAGAAGCAGUUUGACAGUAAAGAGCGAUCAACAAUGACUUACAACUAUGAAAAGUAUAACACCUGGCAAAAUAUUGAAGCAUGGAUGAGCAGCAUCACAGCUGAAAACCCCACUUUGGUUUCAAGAUCCGUGAUUGGAACUACAUAUGAGGGACGUAAAAUGCAUCUUCUUAAGCUUGGCAGACGCAGCAGCUCCACCAAGCCUGCAAUCUUCAUGGACUGCGGAAUUCACGCCAGAGAAUGGAUCUCUCCUGCUUUCUGCCAGUGGUUUGUAAAAGAGGCUGUAUCAACUUACGGCAGUGAUGCUACCAUGACCAGUCUGCUGAAUAACAUGGAUGUCUAUGUCCUGCCUGUAUUCAACAUUGAUGGCUAUGAUUACACAUGGAAGAGGAACAGAAUGUGGAGGAAGACUCGUUCAAGGGCAUCCAGCUCUUGUUAUGGUACCGACCCCAACAGGAACUUUGACGCUGGCUGGUGCACCACCGGAGCUUCAAGCAACCCGUGCAGUGACACCUACUGCGGCUCCAAACCAGAAUCGGAAGUGGAGGUCAAGGCUGUCGCUGACUUCAUUCGUCAAAACCGCUCCAUCAUCAAGGCUUAUAUAACCAUCCAUUCCUACUCCCAGCUGCUGCUCUUCCCAUACUCGUACACUACUGCUCUGGUAGAAAACCACAGUGAACUGCUUGAGGUUGCAAGACAAGCCGCUAAAGCUUUAACCAGCCUUUACGGAACUAAGUACACUAGCGGUCCAGGAGCCACAACCAUCUACCCAGCUGCUGGUGGAUCCGAUGACUGGGCAUACGACCUGGGUGUCAAAUACUCCUACACCUUUGAACUCCGUGACACAGGACGCUACGGGUUCCUUCUUCCAGAGUCCCAGAUCAGGCCCACCUGUCAGGAAACGAUGCUGGCUGUCAAAUACAUUGCCUCUUAUGUUCAGAACAAUCCUUAUUGAUCCUACUUGAAUCAAAUGCAUUACAAAUAAAGAAAAAGAGAAUACCGCAUCAUUGUUUUAAAAAAUCCCUGGACCCACAGAUACAGGAUCAAUCACUUUAGUAGCAAAAAGGAAACUCAAACUAAAUGUCAGUUGCUUUCAAUAUGUUUAAACAGGCUAGUUUUUAUGUUGACACAUCACUUGCAUUGGACAAUGUGGGGAAGCAAUAAAAGGGAAAACAGAUAUUUAAGAAAUAGUUAAAAGUGCAGAAUUUAAGUAAAGAUAUUUAAUUUUAAAUUGUGUAAUGUAGUGGUAACACCCUCUUUAGAAGGGUGUACAAAUAUUUAGACACUCAUUUAUACAAUAAUAUUGCAACUCUGGAUUCAACCCAGAGAAUAAGUCUGACUGGUUAACAAAACUGAAUCUUUGUGAUCUUUGAAUAGCUAAGAAUAUGAGGAAACCUGAUAAAGGUAUUCAAAAUUCUCAAAAGCACAGACAAAGCCAACCUAAUAUUUUUUUUCAGAAUCAACAAUGUAAGCACUAACCAGAGCCCAUGAGUGGGCACUUAAGCAUUUAAAGCUAAGAAGAGCAGACAAUCAUGUAUCCCCAGGGUUGUGGGAGUCUGGACAAAGCAGCAGAGCCAUACUGUUGAAUGUGGUACCCUGGCUCCUUGCAAGAAACAUCUCAUAUAACUUUGUAGUUUGAAAAUAAAUUAAAAGCUUUCAACCACAAAAACAAACAAUGUGUUGAUCAAGUGAAUAUACCACAUCACCACAAAGCAAGAACAAUACUUGGAAUACAGGAAAUAAUGGUAAGAAGCAGUAACAUGAACCAAAACAAUGUGAAAUGAAUCAAGUACGUUUUUGUCUCUGGAUAUUAAAAUCUCAAACUAGACCCAUAGUGAAGUCAAUCUAAUCUCAAAAAGGCAUUUUAGCCUUUUCAUUAAAAAAAGGAGAAAGAAAACUGCUUUGAUGGUUUUCAUUAUUUGAAACAUUUUCAAUGUGAGAAUGUGCCUAAGAUCAUUGCUGUAUGUUCAGAUGGCAAUUAUUCAUAUGAAAACAGUCAGGCACCACUGGACAUAUCUUCUUCAAGGUGAACAAGCUGAAGGACCCAGUUCACUUAGAGUAAAGGGAAGUUAAUGUACUGUAGGUCCAUUGAGAGUUUUAAGCCUAGACAAGCAGUCAGAGCAAAAAAACAAUAACACUGUAAGUGCCUGUUUUUUUAAACACACGAGGCUUUGACUAUUACUUAUUCCUUCUAUUCUUGCUGUAUUUUCAAGUCAGAACAAAAAUGUUUUAACUGUAUUUUUGUACAGCAGGUAAAGGGUCAGUGAGCAGCUUUGUAAAUUUACAUUAAUAAAUAAAGAAAA